AUCAUCUCUGGAUGUCGAAGAUUCCAUGCACAUAAGAUACACCAUUGACAAAGAUCCCGUAGAGAAGGUGUUUGUCGUAGACUUCUCUGUGCAGGUGUGCAUCGAGUCAGACUGUACCGACCCUGUUCCACUCCUCACUCAAGUCAGACUCCCUCAGCCUCUGUGUAACCGCAAUACAUCGUAUCAGCUUGCAUGGCCAGGAGGUGGUUCCUUCUCUGGCUUUAUCUCCACCCAUGGGAGUGAGCUUGGGACGGCGGUAGCUGACCUGGCAUUUGAGAAGUGGGGUGUGUCAGACCUGUUCUUAGAGACAGCCUGUACUCUGGUAGAACAAGACUCUGCCAAUCACUGUGAGCUGAAUAUGGCUGAUUUAGGGCUUCCUGAUGACUUUCAGUUUGCUCUCCAUGACUUCUGCUUCGGCAUUGAGGCCUGUGUAGAUGUCGACCUUGUUAUUCUAAGGAAGACUCUGAAGGCAGAAGUGAGCUUUGAUCCCUGCAACUACACACUUGCAAUAGCCCUGGGAUCCAGGAGACAUGUCCAAAAACUACUCGAUGUUGAGUGGGGAGUAGAGCGGACAUGGCUGAUCGGAACACUUUUCCAGAUCAGACAUACCAUUUGGAACAUGGCAGAAGAUCAAAACUACAAAAUCAGUCUUGACAUUGCCAUCUGUCUAGAGGAGGGAGAUUGCAGCCUCACCCUUCAAGUCCUACAGGGCCUUGUCUUCCCCAAACCCUUCUGUAACAUCAACGGGACUCUUCAAUUCCUCAAUGGGAUUAGUACCACCGCCUUCCUGAAUUCCCUGGACCCUGCCUCUCUGGCUGCCGAUGCGCUUGAAUCACUUUUGAUCCAAGUGUUUGAAGCACUCGGGAUCUCAGACAUGUACAGCACGGCCACCUGCACGACAGCUGCACCAGAUGCUGCACCCUCCUGCCCUUGGACACCUGACUUCCCUGAUGUGGACAUUGUCAGUUGCAAAAUGACUGACAGCUGCACUGGCAUCAUGUGCUGCGUUGAUUUUGAUUUCCUGGCAGUGAUCAAAUCCUUUCCAGUCUAUUUUGACAUCGACUUCUGCAUGUAUAAGUUAGUGUUUGGCAUCGGCAGCAAACAAUACGAGUAUCAGCUCUUUUCACUUCCAUUAGCUCAAGAACAAACCAUCACCAUUGGACAGGCCUUUUACAUCAGGUUCACAAUUUACCAGCAUGAGAUGGACUUUAGAGUCCACUUCACAGCGUCCCUGUGCAUUGACGGGAGAUGUGUGACCAGUGUGGACCUGUUAUCAGGUGCAAUAAUCAACAAGCCGUUAUGCAACAUGACAUCCAUUGGAUCUUACCAACUACCAGGGGACGACAAAAUAGCGACCUUUGCCGCUUUAUCCCGAGACUUUGGUGAAGAGGGUUUAAAGUUUGGCGUAGAAGCAGUGUUCAGGAAGCUUGGGAUAGCUGACAUGCUGAGUGAAGAAAGCUGUGUGGGGCCAACUCCUGAACCUCACACUGAAGACUGUUCCUAUUCUCCGCUUCCAGAACUACCAGGCGUCUCUUGUGUUUACAGUCAGUAUUGUCUCGGCAUCAUAUGCUGUGUGGAGAUUGAUUUGAAGGUAUGGCGUCGAACAUGA